UUCCACUACCAACCAAGUUGGCAGGAUGCAAUGGUGAAUGGAUACCAUUCGAUUGAUAAUCAUCCGCCUGCGUAAACUAAUUUCUGGUACAAUGAGUUCUUCCACCUCCGAAAGUGACGAGGACGAUCUUGCAAAUCAAUUCAAAAAUCUUAGCACAAAACACCAAGGACACCACAAGACAAAGGGGAAGCCCAUACAUGAACCCGCAUCUUUGCAACUUCUUCAGCAAAUAACUGGCAAGUCGGAGACAGAACUCAAAACCUACUUGUUCAAAGCUCAACUUUUGACGACAUCCCAUGAAAAUUAUACAAAAAUUGUCCAAUAUGUUAGGAACAGCCAAGAACAUGGGUUUGGUAUCCAAGUUGUUAACAUAGUUCGUUUAGUUAGAAAUAAUGAUUUUGAGUUCCAGCAUGAGCACAAACAUUCAUCUCCGUCCACCUCCAAGACUUCCAACUUUAGAAUGAUUUUGUGGCAUGGCACAAAGAAAAAUUCUGUCUCUGCUAUUCUCAGCAAUGGAUUUGCAAAACCUCCAAAUAAGAAUCAAAUGUUCGGAACGGGAUGUUAUUUUGCCGAUAGAGCAUCGAAGAGUGCAAAUUAUUGUGAUGGUACUACGCCUGGCAAGCUCGGGUACAUGUUUUUAUGCGAUGUGAAACUUGGGAAAAUGUACAAGGCCAAGAACCCCCACAACGACUACUCGUCCCCACCAUCGGGCUACGACACGGUCAAAUGUGUGGGGGCCAAGAUUCCGGAUUGGGAUACCAAUCAGCACAUUGACGGGGCAGUGCUGCCUUCAGGUCCGACCAGAGAUAACCUCAGAUUCGGCGCCUACUCGGUCAACUUCAACGAAUAUGUAGUUUAUACCCCGGAACGCAUAAAGGCCAAAUAUUUGGUUGUGGUAAAAUUUCAGGCGCAAAAAUGUUAAUAAUUUUAUUUUUUAAUCAGUUAUAGAAUUU